AUGGGCGACUGUAACAACUGUACUCAGGAGCGGGCUUUAACCGUAGAGGACGACAUUACUGUAGUGUUUCACAAAGUUGACGGCCAUGGCAGGAGCAGUGUCGACGAGCACGACGACAGCGGCGAGGAUGAGCGGACAGCAGAGAGGAUUCACCUGCGAAGUAACUGUCGUGGGUACGACGAGGAUGCUGAGGAGAAAGGGGAAGCGAGCAGGAGCCAAAACUCACAGGAAGGCUGCGAGGAGGAGAAGAGGAAGAGAAACACGUUAUGCCCGCCAGCGUUUUGCGUCAGAGGCGAGCCCGCAUCCCUAGAAGGUAGAGGAACUCACGCACUUACUCAAAACAACAAAUAAACCAUAGUCGUACGUUUGGCAUAUGAACAAAUGAAUGCAGCGUGUUAAUAAAAUUUGAGAAAAGGAGAAGAGGCGACAACACAAGGACAAGCCAGAGAAGCAUCGACUUCCUGCGUAGCGUUUACGUUAUCUAACCCUGAAACGUCAUAUAUCAGUAUCAGUGUAGGGUCAUCACGUGGAGACUAUUAGCCUAUAGGCAGAUUUAUAAUAAAGGGAAUCACUUUUAAAGGUAAUUUCCUCCUAAGAAAGGUGCUUUUUUUUCUUUUUACCUUUUUAGUGUAAUACGGUCAUGACUGACUCUUAAUGUACACCCUAUAAGUACCCUGACGACCAUUUCAUCAUGAUUUUUCAUCCAUUAAAACACAAAUCUGCUGUGUGAAGCCCGUGGAAAUGAAGUGCUGUAAACCAGCUUAACAUUUGCAUCAUCCUUGAAGAGGAUGGAUGACUGUGCACUUUUUACCCACAGCACUGGAGCCACCACCAAGUGGACUUUUUCACAUCACACUCAAAGAUAAGAGCUGUGGUAAAAGUUGAUUAAAAACUUUUCUGUCUGCAUCAUUGUAACUCUAGUUCAUUGGGCAGUUUCCCAUCAUGAAAAGAGGCCUUUUUUUCCUUUGUUGUGUUUGAAUAAGAGAGGAAUAUUUUAGGGGGCUUACAGAGAUGUGAGGAAUGUCCCCAUUGACCCAGGAUAUCAGUUUUCCUUAAUACCUCUCAGGGAAAAUAGGACCUGGCUCACAGGGUGAAGACUGAAAAGGGAUUAAACUGGUACUUAAAAAAAAAAAGAAAGAAAUGCUCAUUUCAUCCAUUUCCUGUGUAUCUUGUAAAUCAGUGCGUUUUGAUGGUUCUCCAAAAAUGAUUUUAUAUUUAAUUUUUUUUCAAUAUUUAUAUGCACUAAGAGUGCUUCAUGAUAACUGAUAACAACCCUGUAUGAAAUAAAAUACCUCUGUAUACUACAGGCCUUACUGUUGAAAUGGGAGUAGGAAAACACCAAACACAACUAAAUGUGAUAUUGCUUCUCCAAUAUGACAACAGAAAGGUUAGGUUAGGUCUUUGGCUGAGUAGAAGGUAAAGAUAAUACAUGUCUUAUUGAAUAAGGAGUGGUAAAUGGACCUCACAGUGUGGACUAAUACAAAGAGAGACGGCUGUGUGACCUCCGGUCGAAAUCUAAUCUUCACAAGCAUAUCAGUUUAUUGCUCCACUGGCACGGUUUGCAAACACUACACCACUCUCUCUCUCGCAGAUCUUUUGUUUGUGUUUUUCCCAACAGAAUUUCUCACCCAGCCACAUGGGGUUCAAUAAUAUACUCAGCUUUUCUAUUUCAUCUUGUAAUUACUGUAUCAACAUAGGCACAACAAGCAUUAUCAACAUGUUGAAACACUGACACCGUCCCUCUCCCUUAUCUUUGAUUCACUCUUCGUUAUCUCUGUCUUUUUCUCAGGCCAAGAGAAACGGAAGAGAUGUCCAGGCCUUGGUUUGUUCUAUGCUUUCCUGUCCACAGUUUUCUUCUCCAUCAUUGCCCUGUUGGUUAAAACCAUCCAGGGAAUCCACGCCAUAGAGAUCAGUGCCAUACGCUGCUUCUUCCAGAUUCUCUUUACUAUGCCACUACUCAUCUAUCACAAGUAAGCAUAAUGGGAAAACUCAAAUAGUUAGAUUUCCAUUGUUUGAGAGUCAAACAUGAAUCAAAAGUUCAAGAUUUAUACAUAAUGGAAAGAUUUCAAGGCUAUGGUAUCACUCACAAUCAAUUUUAAUUUGAAACCAUUUUUGGAUGAAUUCCUAGCCAUUUAUCUCGACAUAUCAUAUAAUAAUUUCUCAAACAACCCGAAGUUGUCACAACACUGUGGAAAAACAUGUAUUAAAAUCCAUAGCUGUUGAUGAAAAUUACAAUCUUAAGCCUCAGUGAUGGGAAGGUUGAAAAACUCCCAUCCCACAUAAAGACAUCAUUUUUACCAUUUCUCAAAGCUGAAAUUUACAACCAACAUAAUUAGCAUGUUUUAAAAACGAUUUUCAUUUUUCCCCCCGAUUAUUUAUUUUCACCAAACAUUGAGUUUCAGUAGAAUAGCAGUUUAUGUGGUACUAUGUGAAAUGAUUUACAUAAUUAUGGAUAUUUUGUUUUACUGAUGAAUGAACUCAUUGUACAUUGACUCAAAGCUUCUGAAGAAGUUUUUAAAACUAGAAAACUCUCUAAACGAGAUCAUCAGCAUAAAGGUUUAUUGUUUCUAUAAACAUCUUUAACCAGUAUUGUGUGGUAUGUGCAUGAAAAAUGACUGAAAGCAGGCUGCUCUGAGAGCCUUUUUAAUAAACUGUACUCUGCAAAGUCCGCGAGAGUUAUACAAUUGACUGUAAAGAAGAACAGGAAUAGAGCGUCCUGUUUUGACUUUAUGCAAUAGUUGUACACCUUUUAUAUAGAGACUCCAUAUAUAGAGGCUAUAGUCCUUGAGCAGGUGGACUAUGUUUGAUUCCAACCUGCUGCUGUUUUCCUCUAUGUCACUCCCAACUCCCUCCCAGUUUCCUGCUCCAUCUGCUGCCCUACCCUCUUCAAAUAUAUGCUUAAAAGUCCAAUAAUUUAAUUUAAUAUAAAAGAAAAGAAAACAAUGAUAGGCAUAUCUGUGGACCUUUGCUUUGUUUAGCUAUCUAGCUCAAAUUAGCUUCCCUAUUAGUGUAAACAUAUGGCGAACAUAGCAAAGAAACACUAGCUUUUUAUUUAUUUAGUACAAUUAUUUAUCAGGAAACGUAAAAAAAAAAAAAACAUUCAAAACCAGAUUUAUGCAGCUCAUCUUUGCUACCUGAAUGGGUGAGUUCAAUAUCUAGCAAAAAAGUUCUUUGUCAGCUAACACAAGCUAUGAUUUUGAUUUAUGUAUUGUGAUGAUUUGUGUUAAUUUAAGCUGAUAUUCAAUUAUAUAACAGUGCUGUUUAUCACAUCCAGUCAUGUUGGUACUCUAACGUGUCUAUGCUGAUGCUCAGGAGGAUUUCUGGCAGAAAUUUCAGCUAAAGCAAAAAAAAAAAAUAACACAACUGUCUUUCCAACUGCAGUACUCAGGAAAUGUGCAUUAAGAAAUUAAAAAAAAAAUGUUGCCUUUUCUUUGUAUUAAUAUAAACUUAUUUAAGAAUCAGAUUGUGAUCUGAAGAAUUCAGAUUUAAUAUUAUAUAUUUAGAAACGACCUCAGGACUCCUAUUCAUUUGUUUAUCUAUUCAUUCAUACACCCAUACGUCCUUACAUUCCCCCUUUUUAUGACAUUAAUUCAUUACCACCUCUCUGUUUAGCCCCAAUCAUACACCUAUCCAUCCAUCACUGUCAUCCUUACACGACCUAGAUCUUUCCAUCUGUCUUUCCAGCCUGCUCAUCAUGUGUCUCCUUUCUGACCUCUCCUUGCUGCCAAAUAUUUCAGGAAAAAAAAAAUUCUGUGUAUAACUGCCUCUGUCACUGAGUCCUUUCACCCGUCCAUCCAUCCUGUCGCUCAUUCAUCCAUCAUCCUCAUGUCUUCUCUCGUCCAGGACAGGUUUCUUAGGUCCCAAGGAAAAACGAAAGUACUUGGUGCUGCGAGGUUUCGUUGGUUCCAACGCUAUGAUCAUGCUCUUCUAUGCUGUUCAACAGAUGCCGCUUGCAGAUGCUACAGUCAUCAUGUUCAGGUGAGAGUAGGUAAUUGAAUGCAUUAGUAGAGAUUAUCGCAUCAUUACAAUAUUCUCAGUCCUGCCUGACUUCUCCGUUAGUCACCCUUUUUGUUAAUCUCCCUCUCAUUGUCAUUCAUUCAUAUCCUUGAUCUGUUUCCUCAUUAUUCUUAAUUAUCUCUCCCUCUCUUAUCCGUGCAGUAAUUCAUUAAAGAUCUGAAAGCAGGGGUUUCAAUAGAGCCAAAUAGCUUUUAUGUGACAAAUCUGCCAAGACAAAAGCAACAUUUCUCUUCAGUUUACCCUAAACCUAUAAAGCUAUAAUACAUGUGUUACCUUCAGCCAUGUCUCACUACUGUGUAUUCCUUCUUUUCUUAUAUCAUUACCCUUCUUUUUUAACAGUAAUCCAGUCUUUACCUCUCUCUUGGCCUGGAUCUUUCUAAAGGAGCGGUGCACAAUCUGGGAUUGUGUCUUCACCGUUUUUACCCUUACAGGGGUAAUCCUCAUUGCCCGACCACCAUUCAUCUUUGGGGAGCAUUUACAUGGCAUUGAAGGAAACUACACCAACCACAUCAAGGGGACCAUUGCUGCCUUUGCAGGUGAUAUGAUUAAGAAAUGUGAUUUUAAAGAGUGCUCGUGAGUAGAAGCAAAAAUUUGUUGACCCUGAUAAGUGUCUUGGUAUGAUAUCAAUGAUUUAAUUCAGACUCAAUCUAUGUCAAAAUUCCCAUGGGGAUGCAGGGAAUUUGAAUGCAACACCUGUAUACUCCUGGCAGUGUUGGUAAUAGAUCGCAAUUCACACAAUAUUAAAAAGCUACCAUUAGCUUCUCUGCCCAGUGAGGAAUAAUGUAUAGUGAGCCGGUGAUUAUGCACAUUAAAACCCUGACAAGACGAGUAAAGAGGGAUCCUUUUCUGCAAUGCCAGCAGUUUAUUAUACAUUAUCCUGCUUGUUACUUGGUUACAAACAUAAACAAGUUGGCACAAAAUAUUUAUUUAUGGAUGAAGUUAUUGAUUUAAAAAUGAUUUAGUGCUGAUCCUGCACCAGCCCCCUUACCAUCAAGCCAUUACAAGCAGAUGUUUACCCACAUGGCACAGCCACAAAUUGAGUGCUGUCUCUCGAGUGUCAGGAGCUUCUUUGUGUCUUUGAGCCUGUGAGAACUGUGAGCUGGUCUUUUGGUCCAAGGAUUAACUCAUGGGAUUUUCAGGGUCAGAGGUCAUAGGCCCUCUGAUCUCCUUACAUCAAUCUUGCUGUUGUGAAAGCCCAACUCUCUGUACUUGUUUUAUGUAUAUUCAGUUGCCAGAAUGUUUCUAACCGGAUAUUAUUAACUGGGAUUAUUUUGUAAACAAAGUGAUCAUUUUCAUAUCCCCAGAAAUGCACAGAGGACUUCUUGAUGUAUUUACGACACUGGUCAUAUCCAGUGCCUUAAAAUGUGUGCUAAUGAAGAUUUACAAGUGAAUUUAGAGUUUCUCCAAAACAGUAACCUCUGGUGUUGAAAAGGAAAUCAUCAAGUGCAAAAAAGCUGCAGUUCCUCAUAUGUCCACCUGAGGCUGACUCAAAAAGCCAAAUAAACCUCUACAGAGCCCAUGAUGAAAUUAUAUUUUGAUUUGUUACAAAUGUACGUUUAUUAAGUUGUUUUGAUCAAAUCACGGCUAAGUGUUAUUUUACAAGUCCCUUGAUGUCAGCAUUUCAAAUCUUGUUGGGCAACAUAAUGCCACAUCAGAAAACCAAUACAACGCCACCAAGACAAUUUCUGCCAACGAUUUUACCUUUUUUUUUUUUUUUUUUUUCAAAGUGCAAUUAAAAAUCGUAACAGCGCAUUACUGUGAGUAACAGUAACAUUUUUAAUUUUUUUGCAGCCAUACUAAAUGCUGAACUAAAAUAAUGUGUGAUGAAAUGAACGGUGCAACUGCUCUUCCGUCAGCAGGCACAGAAGCCAAAGCAGGGUACACUUCACUGAUCUUGAGUAUGACUACUUUGAGUUAAGGCCUGCAAAAUCAAGGAAAGGCAGAGCCUGCAAUACCCCAACAUUGUCUGAUAAUAUCCUGCCAUUUACAGAAAUGGCAGAAUGCUGCCAGUUGCACUGCAGGGAUAGUUCAUUAAUUCAUCCACAUAAUUCAAGUGUCAAAUAUCUUUCUUUUUGACCAAUUAAUUUUUCCUUUUCCUGAUUGCUGUCUUCGUUCUGAUUUUUUAUUUGUAGGAGCCAUUGGAGCUGCUUUUACAUAUGUCGUCAUUCGCAAGAUUGGGAAGAGCGUCCAUUACUACCUCUCUGUCUGGUACUAUGCUGUCAUCGGCUUCAUCGAGUGCAUCAUCACUGUAUCCGUCCUUGGGGAAUGGAAGCUUCCGUCCUGCGGCCGCGAUCGCUGGAUGCUGAUGCUGAUCGCCGUCCUGGGUGUCGCUGGACAGACCUUCCUCACAAAGGCCCUGCAGAUUGAGAAGGCUGGUCCCGUGGCCCUAAUGAGGACUUUUGAUGUGGUGCUGGCAUUCAUCUUCCAGUUUAUUUUCUUUCAGCGUAUACCAACCUGGUGGAGCCUGGGUGGGGCACUGUGUGUUGUGGCUAGCACCAGUGGGGUAGCACUUAAGAAGUGGUACAGCAGCUCUCGAAAGAGCUAG